UCAAGUUCAAGUUCAAGUUUAAACCAAAAUGUUUAAAAAUUUUCUCUUAGGGUUUGUUGCAAUAAUUGUAUGUGUUAAUAUGGAGAGCGAAUGUCUUCCUUGAACAGUUCAACAGUAUAUUGGUGAGUAGAUGGCUGUGAAACUCGCUGCGCUCGUCCCGUAGAGGUCCACCCAUAAGUUCCGCAACAAUCCACUUUUUUCUACUUGAACAAUAACUUAUUAGAUAAAGUAAAAAUUUGUAAGAUUCAACGAAACCCCGUAUCUAUUCUGGGCAUGCGCAGAUCGAUGCGGAUACGGAUAUGUUCGAAAUUUAGGACUGCGACAUGAGUAAAGUAAAAUCCUAUGAAUGUGGUCAACUUGAAGAUGAGCAAUGCUUAACAAUAGCAAUGUUUGUUAGAGAAGGCGACAAAAGUGGCACCUUUUAUUCUCGUGAUUGCUGGUCAGGAGGAUGUGAAGCAGCUCGAAAAACUUUUCCUAAUGUUCUGUAUUGCAAAGCCUGUUCAGAAGCAAACUGUAAUAAUGAAGAUUUUCCUGAAGAUUUACCAGAAUUUAAGUAUAGGUUUUAGAAAAUGUGUUUGUUGAGAAAUAAAUGACUUUCAAUUGUGUCAAAACUCGAAACGUUGGCCCUGAAAUUUGUUGAAAAAUACAUUAUUAUUAUUUUUUAUCAAAUAAAUUAUAGGCAUUAAACUUUUGCAACGAUGAAACAAUAAUUAUAUUCAUAGCGAUAUGCCUUAUUGGUAUAUAUAAACUAGGCAGCACAAUUAACAUCUGGUUAGUUGAUUUAGUCUAAAAUGUUCUUCCUUUGUUGCAAUUAUUUUAUGUGUUAAUAUUGACAGUAGGUAAGUACUUUAUAAAAUCAUUUUAAUUUUUCUUCAUCAACUGUAUGUAUUUCUAGAUAUAAUAACCUUAAACUGUCAUUAUUGUCAUUCGCUAUAUAAACAGGGUUGUGAAAUAAAUAACGAAACAUCUAUUAAUUGUGAUAAGGUUGUUCCUGGUGAUAAUCAAUGCUUAUCGAUGGUGAAAAUUUUCAAAUCAGGCGACAGGCUUAUAACCUUUUUUACCCGUUCUUGCUGGUCAGGAGGAUAUGAAGCAGUUAAAAAAGGAAUGUCUCCUGUAGAGGUAAGGGACAACCUUGUCUACUGCAAAAUUUGUACAGAAUCGAAUUGUAAUGAUGGAGAUUUUCCUCAAGGUUUACCAGGAAAACACAGAGGACGUCGAUAAUUUUUUUCUAUUUUGGGUAGAGGGUAACAAAUAAAGAAGAUAAUUUUGCAAAA